UUGAUAAAGUAGUGAUCUAUAAACUCAGGAAGAAAACUGUCCUGUCGUUAUAUCUGUUUAUAUCUGUUUCGUUCUCUUGUCAGUGCGGUAAAAUAUUAUAUUUCAUUUAAAUUUUUUUUGACAUCAAUUUGCUGAUGAAAUUGUUUCAUAAUUAAGUGGAAAAAAGAAUAUCGUUGUAACACGCAAUAAGUACAAUUACUUAAUGGACAAGCCGAAGGAAGAGGAGGAAAGGGAAAAAGAAGCAGAUGAAUCGCAGCUACCAAUUGAUGAAGUUCAAGCUUUAGAAAUGGACAAAAUUCGAAAACUUUUUCUUCAGACAUUGAAUUUAACUGACGAUAAAGAGGAAUCCGAGGAGGAGAAACUUUUAUCCGAUUUAAGUUUAGACGGAAUUGCCGAGUACAUUAAAGAAGGAAAAUGCAAAAAUAUCAUUGUCAUGGCUGGCGCUGGAAUUUCAACCGCAGCAGGAAUUCCGGAUUUUCGUUCGCCAUCCAGUGGGCUUUAUCAUAAUUUAGAAAAAUACAAUUUGCCCCAUCCGCAGGCAAUUUUUGAAAUUGAUUUCUUUAAGAAGAAUCCGGAGCCAUUUUUUGUGCUUGCCAAGGAAUUAAUGCCCGAGGGUUUUAAACCAACAUUGAGCCAUUAUUUUAUACGAUUAUUAUGGGAGAAGAAAUUAUUGUUGCGUCAUUAUACUCAAAAUAUUGACACUCUCGAGAGAGUUGCUGGACUACCAAGUGAUAAAUUAGUUGAAGCACAUGGAACAUUUCAUACGGGACGUUGUUUAGAGUGCAGGGCGCCACACGAUUUUGCCUGGAUGAAAGAAAAAAUACAACUGGGAACGGUACCAAAAUGCGAAGAAUGCGAGGAAGGAGUCGUCAAGCCGGAUAUUGUUUUCUUUGGUGAAAUGCUACCAGAGAGAUUUCACAUUUUGAUCAGUAAAGAUUUUCCAGAAGCUGAUUUACUGAUUAUUAUGGGAUCUAGUCUUGUUGUACAGCCGUUUGCUUCCCUUGUUGACAGAGUGAAGUCUAAAUGCCCUCGACUCUUGUUAAAUAAGGAAAAAGUGGGAAUUGCCGAUCGACUCACAAGACUUUUGGGUUUGAGGCAAGGUCUCGAUUUUGAUUCUAAAUCCAGACGAGACGUGGCCUGGUUGGGCGAUUGCGACAAAGGUUGUCAGGAACUUGCCGAUAAAUUAGGCUGGGGCGUGGAAUUGAAGACCCUCAUGAAAAACGAGCACGCACGCCUUAGCAAAGAGGUGACUGCUGAUAAGAAAUAAUCCCCUCUCUCUUUAUCUAUUAUGUGUAUAUAAUCCAUUAAGUUAGUGCAUAAAUGGUUUUUAUUCGAAAAAUAAGAAUUAUAUAUUAAGGGGGGGUCAAAAAUAAAUUAUUUGGAAAAGAAUGUCCCUACUUUA